AGGUGUCUGAUGCAGGGGACUAUCACUGUACCGCUGAGAACAUAGUGGGACGACAGCAGAGAAGAGCCACCCUCACCAUCUCUGCCGAAGAUGACCCAGCUGAUAGAGAAAGGCAGCAUAGACAGAUUGUGUCUGCAGUGAAUAAUAAUGAGGUCACAAAGACUGAAGCAGAGCAGAGAACUCCCCUGUCCAGUAAUGACCUGAGUUUAGUUCAGCAUUCUGAGAUGACCCACUCACAUGUCUCCCUACAGGGAGGAAGCACAGUCCGAGCAACUCAAAGAGACUCAAGCAAUGACAUCACCCAGGUGUCUACUCCUGACACUCUACGACUGCUCUCAUCUCUCAGGCAGACAGCUUUAGGACUAGCAGGUCUCUUCAGAGGACAAACAGGACUGCUGGUGCCACCUGACCUUCACUCUCUGCUCCCAUUGGACCUGGCCUCGGCCAAUCCAACCCAGCCCCCAGUCACACAGAUCCAGCAUCCAGUGCUACAACCCCCACCUCCACCUCUAUUUGAACCCUUAGACCUACUCACCCAGCCUUCAGUAACUCAUAGAGUCAUCUCACUCUCUCAGAUUCAAAUAAUACAUAAGCAGCCAACAUUAACACACAACCCACCCCCAGUGACACAACGGCAGGUUUUAGUCCCACAUAGCCAAUCUCCAUUAACACAGUCCGUAUCCCAAAGCCUCCACAACCAGCCAUCAGUCAUGCAUAUCCAGCGUCAAGUCACUGAGCAACCAAUUAAACCCCUAAACCACAUUGGCAGUAUUACCCAGUCUCUGGUCUCACUCCCGCAGCCUCCAGACUCUCCCAGCCACCCUUCUGAUCCCUUUACCCAGCGUCCUGAUUCUCUUACCCAGCCCAAAGAACCUUUGACUCAGUCUCUACUCAUACAAAGCCUGCAUGCUCCCGACUCAAUCACUCAAACCCACCGUCCUGGAACUCAAAGUAAUCCUUCAGACCCACAUAUCCAGGAUCCUAGCACCAUCACCCUGUUUUCACUCUCACAAACCCAGACUCAACCAUCCAAAACUCAGCCUGAACCUACACAAACCCAGCGUACAGAUCUCCUCACCCAGCCUUCAGGCUCAAACACCCAUCUUCCUGACCUGAUCACCAUACCCCCCACCCCUGACCCCCAGGGCCCUAGUGCCCCCUAUGCCUCCACCCCAGACCACCUGCAGCAGAACACGAGCCAGCCUGCUAACCCAGCUCAUCCAGCCAAACCAACCAGGCCCAAUGACACAGAGCCCACAGAGUGGCUGAAGAGGAACACCUCUCAGUCCCCCAUGAGGACCAACGAGGACCCCAGAGUAAAGCCUCCUCCUCCGUGGCUUCCAGUACUGCAGAAACAUGACAUCCCCAUCGUGGUGGGAGUGGGCGUGUCUAUGGCCUUCAUCUUCAUCACCAUGGCCUUCUACUCCCUGGUCCAGAAGAACGAGCCUGUCCCCACUAUUAGAACCUUGUCUUCCACAGUUCCCAGGAACCUGGGCGUCCCAUGCAGACAUGCUGAACGUCUGGACACUGGGAGGACCUAUGAGAACAGGGCGUUUGAGGAUGAUGAUUUGGUGGCUGUGAUUGAACAAAGCCCCAACACAUCAGAUACACGUGCCAGGCCUCCUGCCCCCAGCCCAGUCACUGUGAUGAUAGACCCUGCCUCUGAUGAGACACAGCCCCCGCACACUCCAGAACACUCGUUCAUAGCAGAGACCUACCCUGAGCCCAGCGAAGACACACAGCAGCUGUCUGGAUCCUCUCCACCUCAGGUUGACCCCUUCCUGGAUGAAGAGAAGGAAUGCAGCCUGUCUCACCCCAGCAUCCAGCUGCAGUGUGUGGAGGACUGGGGGGGCGGAGGAGUAGAAUACGGACAAUGCCAGGGCCAAGAAAUCUUACCCCAUCCCCCCUCUCUCUCUCCUUCCCCCCCUCCUGCGCGUGAGGAAAGCCUGCGCUCCUCCCUGACCCUCCAGACCGCUGAGCCCUAUGCCACGCCGGUCCGCCACAGCGUCAGCAUCUGCCACGGUAAUGCCCCCCUCCUCCUCUCCCACUGCAUCUCCCUGGGGCUUACCACCGUCGCCGUUGAUGUCCACUUCUACCCAGCAGCCCCUGCUUCCACCACCACCACGACUGUGGCAGCCGUCACCCAGAUCAAUGCUACUGCCGCUGCUGCUCCAGGGCCCCAGCUCAGCUCCCGAUUGGCCCAUAGUCAGGAGUAUGACCAAUCGGCUCCUAGCGUGCGCCAGAGUAAGUAACUAGAUAUUGGGAAAGGCAGAUGGAGAGAUUAUUCCAACACAGAUGUUGCCAUUAGUCCCCACUGGAGAGUUUGGCUAGAUUGUUGGUCUUCACAUUUCAACUGUCUUGUUCUGUCGGUGGUGAGGAGAAUGUGUGUGUAUGAGAAAGAGGGAUCCAUCUGGAUUCUGGAACCAUCCACUGAAGACUAUAGGACAACAGCCUUUACUCUGAUGCCUACACAUACCGUACCAGUCAACUACAAAUGUGUCAAUAACAUACAGUAAUUUCAAUGUAUUCUGUUUCUGUCCUUCGCAAAGAAAAAUCAUGAGAAUAAUUUAUUCAUAUUUAUUAUUUCUGCUCAGUUUUCUAUUUUCUUACUACUGAAGUCUUUGAAUAGGGAAACAAUGUAUUAUGGCUUCAAUGUGUAUUAAAAAUGUCAGUUACAUAAUGGUUCUUUAGGCCUAAAAUAAUGCAUUCAUAGGAAGCAAAAACAAUAUGUAAUAUAGGCAAAAAAGUAUUAACUGCUUCCAUAAUAUUCUACAUGCCAUGGUUUCUGACUUUACUGAAUAUAUAUAGUGUUGUGUACAUGUCCAUUAUAUUUAUAUACUUCAUAAACUAGUUUGAAUGUGGCAAAUACAUUUUUAUCAGUUGUAUAUUCUACAAUGAAAAGGCCAAGGAGAAAACAGCAGUGUACAAAAUAUUGCAAUCUUUGUUGCUGUACACUUCCUAUUCAGGUAACCCUCUCUCUCUCUGUUGGGCCAUAAACAGACUGUUACUUCUGUGCUGAAACCAAAGGAAGAUGUUAUGACGACAGGGCUUAAGUCCCAACUGAGACCCAGCGGACCCAAAAUUGAGAUGAUCAGUGAUUUUGUGUUUUCAUUAUCUGGAUCAGUUCACUUUAUGUUCAGUGAAAUGUCUCAAUUUCAUGAAUUUCCUUUUCUACUGCCAUGAAUUCAUCCCUCAGACAUUACUGUGUAACAAUUUAGAAUUCUGUUUUUCCAGUAUUUAUCACUGUAUUUGUUUCAACAACAUGUACAGUAUCAAUUGUUGCUAACAAUUACAAUGUCAACAGAAGUGAUUGUAAACAAAGGUUUUUAUUUUGUAAUCUUACAUAUUUAUUUUGGUGGAUAAAAAUAUCAAUCUUUAGUGAUCUUGUUACCUUUUGUAUGGGUGAUAAAAUAGCAACUAAAAAUAUUAAAGUUAUUUGACACAGAUCUAACAUUCACAUUCUGUGAAGUAAAA